UAACAGAUUUAGGCCUAGCGCGCUCCAGUGCAACUUGUGCUGUGUCGCUAGCGAGAAGCGUGACAGCAGCACCGUAGCGGAAGACGUAGUUUACUGCAGUUUCGUGCACGCGUGGGGCACCCAUUGUGCGCAUUUUGGUGUGCUCGUGAAGGUGGCGUGGGAAUCAUGCCUCGAAAAACUGCGUGAUCGGUGCGCGAAAACUUUCUUGUGAUGCCCGAGCCAAUGCCGAUGGCUGCUGCUGCCACUGCCUUGGCUAGCGCCGUGGUACUCUUCGUUGUGUUCACAGUCUCUGUGACAGCUGAUACAACGACGGAAACGACGCGAGUGAAAUGUCCGGAUAAUCAAUUUGCUUGUGCCGAUGGGCAAGGCUGCAUACCAAAGCAGUGGAAGUGCGACUUCUCCCCAGAUUGUGCGGAUGGCUCAGAUGAGCCUGAGGACUGUGUUCCUAGCACAUGUGCAUCAGGGCAGUUCCAGUGCGCGCUAUCCAGACGAUGCAUUCCCAAGGGCUUUGUCUGUGAUCGAGAGUCAGACUGUGGCUUCACAGAAGACCUCGUCCCAGACACAUCUGAUGAAGAUGCGCGGCGCUGUCACCUAGGAAACAGCUGCCCGCAAAACUACUUUCGGUGCCAUGACGGCAUAACGUGCCGUCGAAUAGCUGUGCUCUGUGAUGGCCACAACGACUGCCCAGAUUUCUCCGAUGAGGGCCCUUUUUGCUCAGAGACAGCUCAAUGUGCCAAUGCAUCUUGUGAUCAUGGUUGCAAGCCGGGACCCCAGGGUCCCGUCUGCUUCUGCAAGAAAGGCAUGGAGCCCCAUCGGGAAAUGCCUUCGCUGUGUGUUGACGCAGACCCUUGCAGUGUUCCUGGCACCUGUGACCAGAACUGCACAAGUGGACCCAAGGGCUCGCACAACUGCAGCUGUGUUGAAGGCUACAAGACCGUUGGAAGUCAGUGCUUUGGAAUUAAUGUCCCAGAGGAUGAAGAGGCCACACUUCUUUUUGCCAAUUCUAUUAACAUUCAGCACAUUCGCCUGGACGGUUCCCCUGUUGCCGGCAACAGCAGUAUCGCUCCAGUGAAAGAAAGCCUUGCCAUGGAUUUCAACCACGUGAAUAGGACCGUGUGCUGGAUUAACCACGAAGGAAAUGAGACGGCCCUGCAAUGUGCCCUUGUCUCCCAACUGGAUGUGCGGUGGGACUUGAAGCUGAAAGAUUCUUUUUCGUUGACUACUGUAAAUCAAAUGGCGCUGGACUGGGUGUCUGGCAACUGGUACUUCCUGGACGAUGUGCGGGAGACCAUAUUCCUUUGCAACGCCUCUCUUUCUGUGUGCGUCACAGUGAUUGACGUUGGACUGAGCAAACCCCGUGGCAUUGCCCUGGACCCUUACAAAGGGUUCAUGUUUGUCACGGAGUGGGGCAGUGCAGCGCCGGUGUUGGAGCGCGCUCACUUAGACGGAACCGAGCGGACCAAGCUCGUGGAGCAGAAGAUUGUGUAUCCUUUUGGCAUUGCCGUCGACUUGCCCAGGGAAGAGGUCUACUGGGUCGACACCUACCUCGACAUGGUGGAACGCAUCAGCUACGAUGGUUCGAGGCGCACCACCGUCUUCCGUGGGGCUCCGAUGCGCAACCUGUAUGGCAUCACGGUGUUUGAAAACUACCUGUAUGUGACAAGUUGGCACAGCAAUUCCGUGGUGGUUGUGCACAAGUACAACCAGAGUGACAUCCGCACUGUGAAAGCCAACCUGACAAGGCCGUUCUCCAUUCAUGUUUAUCAUCGUCAACGGAAACCUUACCGCGAGCACCCUUGCAGCAAAAACAACGGCAACUGUGAGCAUCUGUGCAUUCCAUCAACCAUAAAAGGGACACUGACGGCCCAGUGCAUCUGCCGGCCUGGUUUUCGCCUUGCUGACCAGGGGCGUUGCAUUGCGGUGGCUCCAGCACAGUUCCUGCUGUAUGCACGUGGGCGACCGGGUGCGGUGAAGGGUAUUUCAACAAGUGACGACUUUCCCGAGUCCAGGGUGUUCCCACUAUUGCGACGUGAAGUGAUGGCUCCGAUACGUUCCCUCAGCCGCCCAACUGCCUUGGACUACGACGCCAAGACGCGCACUGUCUACUAUUCGGAUGCCCAGCAAUUCGUUAUUGAGCGCCAAGGUCUGGAUGGAUCCAAGCGAGAGGUCUUCACUUCGAAAGGCCUGAACAACUGUGAGGGUCUGGCUGUGGACUGGGCUGGCCGCAACCUGUAUUGGACCGAUGAGGGUCAUCUGGGCAUCUGGGUUGCACGACUGGACAAUUCCACACUGCGCCGGCAGCUUGUCUCUCUCAACAUGUCACAUCCGAGAGCCAUUGUGGUCGACCCCAAGAGAGGGUACAUGUACUGGUCUGACUGGUCAACUGAACCGUAUCCACCGGGUGAUGGCCGGGAUGGUGGAAAAAUAGAGAGGACAUACAUGGACGGUUCACACCGCGAGGUGUUUGUCUCGCAAGACCUGCACUGGCCAAACGGCCUGAGCAUAGACUACGCUAACCGCCAGCUCUACUGGUGCGAUGUGUACUUCCAUCGCAUUGAGCGCAUCGGCCUUGAUGGCAAGGGGCGCGAGGUGCUGGUAGAAGGCGAGCACUUGGACCACCCAUAUGGCCUGGCCCACUUCGGAAACUACAUCUACUGGACUGAGUUCCAGAAGGGCCACAUCCUUCGUUUUGACACCGUUUCAAAGAACAUCACUAAACUCAAGACUGAAAACCCACCCCUCUUUGAACUGCGUUUCUUCGAUGAGGCAUCGCAAUCAACUGGCAGCGGUUGCAGCAGUGACAAUGGUGGCUGCUCACAGCUGUGCUUGUCUAUUCCCGAGGGUCACUCGUGUGCUUGCGGGGACGGCUAUUACCUGGCCACUGACAACAUUACGUGCCACCGCUCGGCGAACUAUACGGAGCCUUCACGGUGUCGUGAGGGUGAAUUUGAGUGCAAAACCAACCAGCGGUGCAUCGAUAAACGCUAUCUUUGUGAUGGCGACAACGACUGUGGUGACAACUCUGAUGAGGACUCUUCACCAUCUGGGAUCUGUGAGAAAGUGACCUGUCAGGAAGACCAGUUCCGGUGUGACGCCAACCGAUGCAUCUCCUUGCACUGGGUCUGUGAUGGGGAACGUGACUGCGUCGACGGCUCGGAUGAAGAGCCAACGUCCAAGUGCAGAAACACGACGUGCAGUGCAGCGCAAUACACUUGCAAGGUGACUGGAAAAUGCAUACCUCACAGCUGGACGUGCGACUCUGACUUGGACUGUGGUGAAGGGGACACUUCGGACGAGCACGAAGGCUGUGUGUACCCAGAGUGCGAUGUGACUGAGUUCCGGUGCAGCAACCAGCGCUGCAUUCCCCUUGACUACGUGUGUGACGUGGAUGACGACUGUAGGGAUGGGUCAGACGAAAAGGAUUGUGCCGCUGUGUCCUGUGACCGUGGCCACCGGUGCGGCACUGGUCACUGCAUCUGGGAUGCCCUUGUCUGCAAUGGUGUCUGGGACUGUCAAGAUGGCUCGGACGAAGCCAACUGCACGGGAAGCCGCAACAGCACCAACGUGCCGCCUUGCCACAAAGACCAGUUUGGCUGCGGCGACGGCCAGUGUGUGCCAAAAAGCUGGCAUUGCGAUGGAAAACCCGACUGCCUUGACAGAAGCGAUGAGAAAGGAUGUGGCAAUGUAAACUGCUCUUCGAAUGAAUUCCUUUGUGAGAACCGGCAGGAGUGCGUUCCAGUUCAGUUUGUUUGUGACAGCGACCAUGACUGCAUGGACAACUCUGAUGAAAAGAACUGCACAUCUGUGUCUCACCUCAAGUGCCCCAAGCCCAGCCACACAUGUGACAACAACACUCGCUGCAUAGAGGUCACUCGCCUUUGUGACAAGGUCCCAGAUUGCAAGGAUGGCUCAGAUGAGGGUGGCCUCUGUGAUGAAGGCCUGUGUACUCCCAAUGACUGUGAAGACUUCUGUCGACCCACACCAUAUGGCAAGACAUGCUACUGUAGAGAUGGUUUGCAGCUCGCCAUCAACGGCCGGUCAUGCACAGACAAGAAGCCAUGCUCCCAAUGGGGUGUAUGCAGCCAGAAAUGCUUUCAGCUGAAGCACUCGCACAAGUGUACAUGUGAGAAAGGCUAUGAACUUGCCUCAGACAUGUUUACCUGCAAAAGCACUGACCCAGCAACACCUUAUGUCAUCUUCUCCAAUCGACAUGAACUGAGGAGUGUAGAUUUGAACACCAUGUCUCUACGUGCACUCAUUACGGGCCUCAAGAACACCAUCGCGCUAGACUUCUAUCACUCGGACUCUGGUGACAUGCUUUAUUGGACAGACGUAGUGGAUGACAAGAUCUACAGGGGCUCGAUCAUCUCGGGAAGUCUCUCAAGUAUCGAAGUGGUUGUGGAGACUGGCCUGGCGACAGCUGAAGGUCUUGCUGUAGACUGGAUAGGCGAGAAUCUGUAUUGGGUGGAGAGUAACCUCGACCAGAUCGAAGUGGCCAAACUGAAUGGUAGCUUCCGAAGAACCCUGGUUGCAGGAAACAUGGAAAGUCCCCGAGCCAUUGUCCUUGAUCCUAGAUAUGGGUUAAUGUUCUGGACAGACUGGGACAAGGAAGCGCCGCGUAUUGAGCAGGCAUCCAUGAGUGGUGACGGUCGGCGUGUGGUACUGCGUAUUGACGAAGUCACUCAGGGUGGGGCAUGGCCCAACGGACUCACGCUGGACUUCGUGGCACUGCGCAUCUACUGGAUUGAUGCCCGAUCCGACUCUGUGCACACGUCACGCUACGAUGGUUCGGACUACCACGAAAUCCUGCGAGGCCACGAGACACUCUCGCACCCAUUUGCCAUUACCCUGUUUGGCAACUAUGUUUACUGGACUGACUGGAGGACCAACUCAGUCAUACGAUGCAACAAGUGGAAUGGCUCUGAUGUUCAGAUAGUGCAGAAGGCUGCUAUACAACCUUUUGACAUUCAAGUAUUCCACCCAUCAAGGCAACCAAAAGGCAACGGCAAGAACGGCUGUGCUGCCAACAAUGGUGGCUGCUCUCACCUCUGCCUCCUGAGCUUCAACAACACUUACAAGUGCAACUGCCCACAUCUGAUGCGCCUCGGAGACGAUGGCAGGACAUGCCACAGCAUGGAGCGUGUCCUGCUUUUUUCGAGGCCCAACGAAAUUAGAGGCGUUGACCUUGAUAUGCCAUACUACCACGUCAUUCCACCCUUCAGUUCUCCCAAGGUUAUUCACGCAGUGAAGCUGGAUUUUGAUUCCAAACGACGCAUGAUCUACUGGUCGGACACACACCUGAAUGAGAUAAAGCGGGCUUCCCUGUUAGGCUCAGCUGUCGAGACUAUCAUCGACACUGUUAUUGAAAAUCCAUACGGCUUUGCUGUGGACUGGAUCUCGAGGAACAUGUUCUUCACGUCUUAUGGCGAGGCUGGCAAACACAUUUUUGCCUGCAGCCUGGAUGGCGAGUAUGUGUCGUCUAUUAUAGAUACCAACUUGGACUCGCCGGGCUCUCUGGCUGUUCAUCCCACCUUGGGGUUGAUCAUGUGGACUGACCACGGGUCUCCCCAUGAGAGAAUUCAAGUUGCCAAGAUGGAUGGGUCAGCACGAAAGACAUUGACGUCACGCCUCGAUAACCCAAAGCUUGAAGGAUCUACGAGCCUGACAGUGGACUUUGAGACGAACCACCUGUACUGGGUGAAUCGUGACCAAGGCAUGGUCCAGCGACUGCUGUUGACCAGCCCAGAUCCCGUGGCUGAGACUCUGGACGUGGUGUUGGGUGGCGAGCAGCCGCACGCUCUUGCCAUCUACGGUUCGCAGCUGCUGCUGGCCACUGACUAUGCCAUACAUGUUGCGGACAAGAGCAGCCCUAAAAAUGCCACCGUCCUGCGCAACAACACAGACACUGUGCUUGCACUUGCUGUGUAUGAUGCGAGCCAACAAACUGGUGAAAAUCUGUGCAGCAACAAUAAUGGAAACUGCUCGCACCUGUGUUUACCAACAUCACAAACUACGAGGGUCUGCAAGUGCACAACUGGAUUUCUGCCUGAUCCAAGUGACGAGACUAAGUGUGUCGGCUAUGCCGAAUUUCUCUUGUACUCCAUCAACUAUGAGAUACGGGGCACCUCUUUGGUGUCAUCACCAACACCAUCUCAGCGCGUGUUGGCUCCCAUCUCCAGGGUCUCUAUGGCAACAUCUAUCGACUUCAUAGAUGAAUACAUUUACUGGGUGGAUUCGGAAGGGGGUAGCAUCACCCGAAUUCACAGGGACAUGACUGGACGAGAGACUGUUGUCAGUGGACUUGACGCCAUUGAAGGACUUGCAAUUGACUGGGUAGCAGGGAACAUGUACUGGAUUGACCCUUCGUACGAUGUCAUCGAAGUGUCGCGGCUCAAUGGAUCCGGCCGCUAUGUUCUGCUUUCUGGUAACAUGGAUAAGCCUCGGGCCAUUGUUGUGCAUCCGUACAAAGGGUACAUCUUUUGGAGUGAUUGGGGCGUACCACCAAAGAUAGAACGGGCAGCUCUGGAUGGCUCAAACCGCAUCGUCCUUGUCAAUGCGUCGGUGCAGCUAGUGAAUGACCUGGCCAUUGACUUUGAAGAAGACAAGCUCUACUGGUGUGACUCGCGCACCGACACAAUCGAAAGGGUCAACUUGGACGGCACAGGGCGUGAGACUGUCUUCCCACCGCCCUCUGGAACAGAGGAGGAAGAUGCAGAGGACUCGCACCGUCCUCUGCAGAACCCUUUUUCACUAGCUGUUCAUGGCACUUAUGUCUACUGGGCCGACACCCAUCGUGAGGAUGGAUCAAUUUUUCGUGUCAAGAAGCAUGAUCCAGGCCUCGAGGAAAUGCUGGUGAACCACUUGACAGAUUCGAUCAAGGAUCUGCAAGUUUUUCACACACGACCAAAACAAAAGACAAACAAUCCAUGCAGUGUGGGCAAUGGAGGGUGUCAGGAGCUGUGCCUGUACAAGGGAGACAAUGGCCACGCCUGCGCUUGCUCCCACGGCCGUGUGGCUCCUGACGGGCGAACUUGCCAAGAGUUUCAGUGUGCGAAUGGGAGGUGCAUCAAGGCUUCCAUGCAUUGCAACGGAGAGUUCAACUGUGAGGAUCGCAGUGAUGAGGCCAACUGCAAUUCGACAUGCCGUUCUAAUGAGUUCUACUGCAAAGUUGUGGGCCACUGCAUUCACAAAGAGUGGCGAUGUGAUGGCGAUGUAGAUUGUGCUGAUGGCUCGGAUGAAGAAGGUUGCAAUAUAGCUUGUAAGGCAGGAGAGUUCCAGUGCCAGAAUGGGGCUUGCAUUACUAGCGCAUUCCAAUGUGAUAAUGAAGAUGACUGUGGAGAUGGCUCUGAUGAAGAUCACCGGCGUUGCUUGCAUUUUGCGUGCCCUCCCGGAAAAUUCAAGUGCAAGAACAGCCUCUGUGUACCGGGUUCAAGCGUGUGCGACGGAAAGGACGACUGCGGGGAUAAUUCAGAUGAGGACACCCCUCAAUGUCAUCAUUGCAAGGCACACGAGUUCAAGUGCAAGAGCCAGCGAUGCAUAGCAAGCAAUUUGUUCUGCAAUGGCAUUGACGACUGUGGUGACGGCACUGAUGAAGAAGACUGCGACACGGGACCUUGUCGAUUCGGCACCUGUUCUCAGACUUGCAACAUCAAAAAGAAUUCAACCCACAGCUGCAGUUGUGCUCACGGUUUUGUUAAAGAUCACCGACGCAACAAUUCCUGUGUGGCACAAGGAGACAAAGCCUUCCUACUGGUGGCAAGCGAAAACGAGCUCCGCCACGUGGACCCAUACAAGUCGUCGCACCAGGACGGCCAAGGCAUGCUGGGCAACUUGGACCCUUCGAAUCGCAUCCACGCUGUCGACCUGUUCUACAACGACUCUCAGACGCUGGUGUUCUGGGCCAGCUUGCACAUGGGUGCCAUUUACCGCAGACGCCUUUCACCACUGCCCCGAAGAACAGAAAAUGUCCGACGCAAGCGACAAGCAGCUAGCGACGCUGCUGUACUGCUGGGCAACCUGACUGAGCCAAGAGGGCUGGCUGUGGAUUGGGUCGGCCAGAUGCUGUACUGGGUGGAUGCAGGGGAACACAGCAUCUCCGUCGCUUCCCUGGAUGGCCGUCUGCGACGAACUCUCAUUUCUGAGAACCUGGACCAGCCUAGUGACAUCGCAGUGGAUCCCAACUCUGGGUACCUGUUCUGGACGGAGACGGGCUCCAAGCCUAGAAUUGGCCGUGCGAAUUUGGAUGGCUCCAAUCCCCGCACUUUGGUAGAUGCACGUGUAGUCUGGCCCACUGGCAUUGCCGUGGACCAUGCGGCAGGCCGCAUUUACUGGGCCGACCGCAAAGCAUCUCUUGUGGAGACAGCCAACUUCGAUGGCAAAUUGCGUCACAUUGUUUACAACAGGACAUCUCAUGACACUGCGCAUGCACAUGAUGAAAGCCCCUACCGGGUGGACGUUUUUGAGGACAACCUCUACAUCAGCACAUUCCCAAGCAACGCCAUACUGCGUGUCAGCAAAUUUGGAGGUGGCAAAGUGGCCUACCUGAUUCGAGGCCUGCACAGGGCCACUGACGUGGUCAUUGUUCAGGAGCAUAAGCAGAGUGCACCAAUGAACAACCCCUGCAGCAAGAACCCCUGUGGCUCGGGUGCCUUGUGCGUGCUUCGCAACUCCAAGGACUUCAGCUGCCUCUGUCCAGAUGGCAUGGUGGAGACCAGGACUGUGGAUCGCACAACUGCUUGCACUAUUGUGGCCCCUACCCCUCCUUCACCUGACGCCAAGUGUGAGCUGAACUGCCUUAGUGGAGGAACCUGUGUUCUUGGCAACAAUCAUCAGCCCUUUUGCAGGUGUCCUGUGGGUUAUACUGGAAAAAGAUGCGAGCGGUAUGUGUGUUCCCAGUACUGCAAAAACAAGGGCCUAUGUAACGUCAUCACAAGCCAGGAGAUGUACUGCAUUUGUCCUCCGCAGUGGACUGGCAAGCGAUGUGAAACACCCCUCAACAUAUGCGAACUCUGCAUGAGAGAUGGAUCAUGCACCAAUGGGUUUGCAGACGUCAGAUGCAAGCAUUGUAUCUUGAAGUGCACCCAAGAGGACCCCUGCCGCUCUCAGGGAGAAGAAGACCACUGUGUGCAUGGGGUGUGCCGUGUCAACGAGACAGGUGUACGCCAAUGCAUAUGUGACAGCAGUUACACCGGUGAACGCUGUGACAGGCUCACACCGUUGUGUGACUCAUACUGCAGAAAUGGGGGAACUUGCCUGGGCCGAAAGAAGCUUCCCUGCACAUGCCCACCUGGUCUCCUGGGCAGCGACUGCUCCCCAGGUGGCUCAAGCUGUGGUUGCCUGCACGGUGCCACCUGCAUCACCACCAAGCACGAGGAAGGGCUGACGCAGCGCUGUGUCUGCCCUGCGGGAUUCACCGGCGAGCGCUGCGAGAGCCGUCUCGCCGACAUCUGUCUCGAUUUUCCCUGCCUCCAUGGUGGCAUCUGCUACACCUCGGCGGGCCAACCCAUCUGCAAAUGUCCACUGGGCUGGGGUGGCCUGCACUGCGACCAGAGCAGCAGCUGUAGGGGCUUUUGCUUCAACCACGGCACGUGCUUGCUGUCGUCUCAGAACGAUGCAAUGCCAUCGUGCCUGUGUGCUCGAGGAUUCACUGGCCCACGCUGCCAGGACAGGGUUGAUCAGAUUGCUUACAGCGACCACAGCACCUCUUCCUCCGACAACUUGCCUAAUAUUUUGGGCGCUAUCCUGAUUCCUGUAGUCGUCACCAUUUCACUGGUUGUGCUCAUUACCAUGGCAGUGCUCAUCUACCGGAAGAGGAAGCGGUCCAGGCCUUUCCACCACGUGCGCAUGCAAGAAAGUGGAGGAGGUGGUGGCGGCAAUGUGGAAAUUAGCAAUCCCAUCUAUCUUCGCGGUGACUGCGAGGACGAUGCUGCGGAAGCUCUGAAUGCUUCCUUCACACUCGACCCAGACAAGGCCACGAACUUCAGCAAUCCAGUGUACGACUCGCUGUACGCUGACAGCAACGGAACGGGAGAAGAAAAGAAGGGGCUACUGCAGGGAGAGCCGCAGGUGGACUUCUUUGACGGCCAGAACUCUACAGGCCCCUGCAACGAUCACCCGCUCGCUUAACAGUCAUUGAUCUUCACAAGAGGCUGUCAGCCUCACAGCGAUACGGCAGCACAUCACGGCAGCUGCACAGCAAAACUUCAGAUACAGGCGCAAGGCUGCCAUGGAAAGAACCUCCCGGGUCUCGCCGUUUCGCGAAGGACCAGCUCGAGGUGUCGCAAGUGCAGCUAUAUGAGCAUGAGGAGUGAGCUGCUACCGUAUCCCUCCUUCAACAUCUCACAGCUUGUCAUCAGCUUUUGUUUACGCAAUUGUGUAACUACCGGCAAGUCUGUUUGUGCCGAACUUGUCACCGCGGGUGGCACGUGUGUGUUGGUCAAGUGGACAGUCAAAGAUGGUCUCUUCUCCUAUUUUUUUACUUUCUAAGGUCACAGAGUCACCUGAUGCAUACAUGCCAUUUGUCAUUCGCGCACAGGAAGUUUCAAGGAGAACUGUGUAGUUGUUCCCUCUGAUCUUCGGUUUCCCUUUUUUCCUCUGCACUCUAUCGCACGUGCCGAGUGCCCCGUAUUUUUCCAUCCUCAGUCGUUUCACAUAUUGGCUGGCUGUAAAAGUGGGAGAGAUUUGCAUUUCACAGGUCUAUAUACUACUCUAUCAAAGGAUCCCCCCACCACUGACAAUUCCUACAGAUGCAUUUACUUACGAGGCACGUAGUUUUGCUCUUGUAGUACGACGCGAAUUAUUACUCUCAGCAAGGGCAAUUACACCGACAAAACGAAGCAUGAGAAUGAAGUGGCAUGUCUUUUUACAACGGUCACAUGGACAGCCUUUUUUUGUGGUUCAUACUCUAGCUGCAUACUCUCCUAGGGAAACGAUAAUGUCUGCAGAGGAACAGCCUUGAACAUGGUAGCUUGAAGUGCUAGUCACAUACAUUGCCUGUAUAUCUCUGUCUGCCUUUUCGAACGUUACGCAUUUUGCAAUCCCUCAUUUCACCUUUUCCUUUCUUUUUUUUUCAACUCUUGGUCCUCGCGCUGUAAAUGUUCUUUCACUACUUAAAUAGGAUGUCACUUUGUUUUUGGGACCUCGAGCAAUGAAUAUUGCCCUGCCAUUUACGUGUGCCAUUUUGUUAACUGCUGGCACACAUUAUUAAUGGAAGACAGCUGAACUUUUUAAAUUAAAAGCAUUUUUAUGUUAUGCAUCGAAAGGAGCCUGUUGUUCAAGUGAACAAGGCAGCAAGCCCAAAUUUUGAGUAAGUUUGGCAAUCAGCACUUGCGUGCAGCUUCUGAAAGAAGUUGCCCGCCUGCCUGUAGCUCUGCCGAUUUAGGCUGCUUGUUUUAGGGUCGUUUUUAUUAUUAUUAUUCUUUUAGUAGUCUUUUUGGAAAAAAUGAGGGUCUUUUCGUUGCGGCCAGUAGCUUAUCACUGUACUGUAGCAUGAGAUUGCCCUGCGCCGCAGAGGUCUUGACUUGCUGAUACAAUCUUAUAUGUUUUUUUUUCUUGUACAAUUGGUUUUAACUGCCCUGCCAUGGUACCGCUGUGCAUUAAGGCAGCAAAGUGCAUUCCUUCUAGCAGCAGUGAAAAAAAUAAUCAUACUGCCGAGGGAACGUCUUGUGGAUUUGUCCAGGGAACCCGUGCCAAAGAAACAGCCCUUAUUAAACUGCGUGUGACUUUGUGCUGUCACUUAGUGGGAUGUAGACAGUUAAAGUGCAUGUGUGUAGCCAUUAUUUCCAGGCAGCUUUUUUACUCCACCGAUUGACACUUACUUGCCCUCUGACCUCUUCACCUGAUAUUAAGCAUUAUUAAUGUUGUACAUAGUAGCUCAUUUAUGGAGGUCUCAUGGUACUUGUAGCAAUAGUGUGUCGAUCAAGACAGAAAUAUUCCAGAUCUUCCCGAGAGUUUCUAUUAUCUUUUUGUUUCAGUUGAACUCUGUUUUGUUUCCACAAGUUUACGAGCCUGCGUAUGUACAUUUUAAUAACUAUGCUUUGUGCAAGUUGUCGGCAUUUUCACAUGAGUAGUGGGGAUGUGGCUGUGCCGAUUUUCUAUCCAGUGGCUCAUGAUAGGCAUUGCAGUUGUGAACUGUGAACAAGGUCUUCUGCAACUACACAUUGCUCAAGAUGUGCUUAAAGAAAAAAAAAGUAAUAAUAAAACCCUGUUGCACUUGUAAAAUAUAGCACUACGUCGAUUGACAGAUGACAGCUCUUCCAUUCUCAUUCUUGUUCCCAAUCUGAUAAUCACUAGUCACAAGUUUCAACGACACUGCGAACCUAACUGGUGCAGAAAAAGUCUACCCAGCCACUCUUUCCGCUAUUGCCGACGAGCACGGGUUCUGGGGUCUGCUCCGAGGAUGAGUGACUUGAAUGCAUUUUAAUUGGUACUGGCUGUAAAAGAAACCUUCUUUUAGCUUGUGGGGUUGAGCAGCUCAAUUUUGUAGUUGUUUUUUGCAAUCUGUAUUGUUGUGUUGUGAUACUGUAGGUGUACAAAAGAAUAAAUGUGAUGAUAUUUGCUGCAGCGAA